AUGGUUUGUGGAUUGAAAGUUGCUAGGGAGCAAAAGCCUUCAAGGAGGCCAGAGAUCAUGGGGUUGCUUCCAUAUAUUUUCAUAGAUUGUAUUUUUCUCAUUUUAGUGGCAUUCAGUAGUGUUGGCGUAAUCUACACUUCCGAUCCUGACAUUCUCACCGAUUUCAUUGUUUUGGCUGGGCACAACGCACUUAAUUUGACUGGCAAUUUCUUCACUUUCACUGGAUUCCGAGAUGUGGGAAACAACAAUUUAACAGGGCAGACAGUAGUAAAAGUGAUGAAGGCGGUGGCCGCAGAGUUUCUGGCGCUGAACGGGUUGGGCCUGUCAAUGGCAGUGCUGCAGUUCCCGGCGGGCGGACUAACCCCUCCUCAAACUAACCCUCGCACUUCUGAACUUAUGUUUCUUGUGGACGAAACUCUCCUAGUUGGAGUUGUGGACACCACAGGAAAGUUCUUCACACAGACCCUCAUUUCAGGGGAUUUAUUUGUGUUUCCUAAAGGACUCCUCCAUUACCAACUCAACAUGGAUGCUGCCUUUGAGGCCUUGGCUGUUUCUGCCUUUGGGAGCGCCAAUGCAGGCACCGUGUCAGUCCCUUCUACUCUCUUCACACCCGGUAUCCCCGAUGAUGUUCUAGCCAAAUCAUUCAAGACAAACACACAGACUAUCGAGCUGCUCAAGGGUGGCCUUAAAAGUACCUGA